AUCUUCCGCGAUAACUCUCAACCUUUACCAUUUGACGUCUUCAGAAGCUUAGUACCGCACCCAAUUAGGGUUUCGUUUUUAUUUGUGGAAGCUCAAUAUUCAUCACCGAUCAUGAUUUACGACGUUAACUCCCCUCUCUUCCGCUCCUUCCUCAGCCAGAAAGGAGGCCCUUCUGACAAAAGGAAAACGGAGGAGCAGAAACCAAAAGAACAGAGACCAAAAGCCAGUGAGAAUAAGCCCGUUAUGACUGAAUGAGAAUGCGUUGGAUUGAGUUUGUUUUGUUCUGUUUUGUUUUGAAAUUGGCCAACGUUAUGGACAAGCUUUGAAUUGUGCAUCCAAACCGUGAAUCGUUUAAAAUUGUACCGAAUUCUUGUAAACUUGCAAUGAAGAUCAUGUUGAAUGUCGUGGGAUAA